AUGCAAGAUGAUAACUCAAAGCUUGCACAGGACAUUUCAGACUUAAAAUCAGACAUUGAGGAUAGGAGGGAGGCAUUGCUCAAACAGCAUGUUGAAGAAAAGGAUAUGGAAUGGUUCAAACGGGAAUAUCCAGACUGUACCGCUGAAGAUGCUGAUGAUCAGAUCCAGUAUCUUCAAGAAAUGAUUUGUCUGGAAGAACAGAAAGUUGAACGUGUGCAACAGGAAACCAAUGACAUAGACAGGAAACUAAGGAUGGUCAACAAUGGAACCCAAUAA